CAUUACGAAUAGUCAGUUCCUGCCUCACUGUGGAUACACACCAAAGGGAUGUGUACAUUUCCUGAAGUUGACAUUUUCCACUCCCAUCCUGCAAGUAAAAUCUUUUGUUCGUUAACCAAAGUCUGUUUUUUGAAAUAUGUGCAUGCUUAUUAUCUCAACAUUUUAUGAUUACGGAGCAGUUAUGUUCUGUUCAUCCAGGCUAUAAAGGACAAGACCUCAAGAAAAUGUACGGAUUUUACAACAUCAACAAAUGCUGUGUACCAGUUGUCAAGCUGCUGGUUGGCAUUCUUCUUCUGAUGCCUCAAGGCCUUUCACUGGUUUGUCCUUCUGUUUGUCAGCGUUGUUCAAGGACUCUAGUUCAGUGCUGCAACUUAGGUUUCACAUCAGUUCCUCGGAAUUUUGCAAAGACCACUUCAGUUAUUUACCUUAGCAGGAAUAACAUUUCUAAUGUAACGCCUGAGGAUUUAGAAGGAUUUAACAGACUGUCAUCACUUUUCCUUGAUAACAGCGGUCUCGUUGAUAUACAUCCUCAAGCUUUUAUUAGUCUCACAAAUUUGUAUUACUUGUAUUUGAAUAAUAACCAGAUACAGUAUAUCAAGCAAGGGAUAUUUGGAAGCCUUUCAAAACUUCGAUACUUAUACCUACAACACAAUCACAUUCUUUCUAUUCCAAGAAGAUUAUUUUCUGAUUUGACUGCCCUUCGAUACUUACAACUUGAAGGAAACUCCCUUCGUGUGCUCAGCAAUGGAAUGUUCAUUGGUUUAAUGAGUCUUCAUACACUGCAUCUUGCUAACAACAGAAUUUCCUGGGUAUCUAAUUCCUCAUUUAAUCAGCUUGCACGACUGGAGUUUCUCAAUCUACAGAGCAACUACUUAACAUGGAUCCCGUCAAAUACUUUCAUUCAGCUUAAGAUCCUUAAAAGCCUUAUCUUAUCCAAUAAUCCAAUAAAGUUGAUCCAUACUAAUUCAUUUAAUGGAUUAGGAAGUCUCAAAUAUCUUUACCUUGGUAAUUCCAAAAUAAAAUCCAUAGCAAAAGAUGGCUUUACUGCAAUGAAGAGCUUAAUACACUUAACACUAAGUAACAAUAGCAUAAUUCGCAUUAAUUCUGAUGCUUUUAAAAUAUUGCAUCUUGGGUAUUUGAGGCUUGACCAUAAUAAUAUAUCAUUUAUUGAGCCUGAUGCAUUUGAAGGAAUGGCAACAACUUUGAAAAUUCUGCACUUGGCCAAUAAUCGUCUUGCAAAUUUGCUUCCUGAGGUUCUGAGACCAUUGGUCUCGCUAAAUCGUUUAGUAAUAAAUGACAAUCCCUGGGAGUGCAACUGUAACUUGCUCAGUUUGCAUAGAUGGCUCUUGUCAUCCUCUUUGAGGUUAAAUAUUCGUUGUCACAGUCCAUCCCAGCUGCGUGGUAAAUCCUUGCAUUAUGUCAGUGUAAAUGAAGUUAGUGGAUGUAAUAACAGUUUAGUAUCUUUGGGAUUAGAUAUUGAAAAGAGAUCUCCAACUACUAGCAGACUGUUAACCUCAAUAAAAACAGAUACCUCAAAUGUUCAUUUCAAGUCGGAACGCAGUUCUGUAACAGUGCAAGAUUUUAGAGAUGCAGUAUUUGUCACAGAAGGCACACAGCAGUACACAAGCAUGCUACCAGGGCAACUAUCUGUGGCAAAUGAAUCUGUAAAUUUAACUACAUUUGCAGCUUCUGAUAUGGCAUCGAUUUCAAUCAAACCUUUGUUCAUCUGUGAACAAAAUUUAGAAAAGUUGAACCAAGCCUUUGACAUACUCUUGGUCUUUUUCAUCUUGGCCUGUGCAGCAGUUUUAUUCCUGAUAUAUAAAGUUCAACAGCUGCAUAAGAAACUCAAGGAUACUGAGGCAGAAGGAGACAAUGUCCUAGAGUAUUACGGUGUGUAUCCAUAUGCAAGGUAUUAUGUGACAGACUCAGUCCAGGUUAUACCUCCCGAACCUGUGACAAAUCCAGAUGUGGACCAGACCAGUAUCCUAAAGAUAGCAGACCCUACUGAACAAGCUGAAGUUAUUCUCUUUGAGCACUCAGUUUUAUGAUUAUGUUCAUAUCUACAAUGUACACUGAAUAGAAAGUUAUCAUUUAUAGGCAAUAGAUUUUGAUUUUGAUCAGUUAAUUAGAGUUUAAACUGUGUAUGUAUAAUUUGUCAUCCUACAAGAAACCCCCGUGCAGAACAAUCUGUUAAUAAAAUACAUAUUUUUAUGCAAGUCUACCAGCAAAACGUCACCAAGUUUUUUUUUCUGAAGCAUCGAAACAUACCCUGGGGUCCAACUGGUCUAUGUGGACCAGGUAUCCUAAAUUAAUCUAGUCCCAUUUGCUAGCAUUUGGCCCAUAUCCCUCUAAACUCUUCCUAUUCAUG